AUGGCUAAAACAUCUGAUUCGAGCACUUCCGAGGGCGUGAACUUUGCCAACGACGUUCAGCAUGCGGAAAAUGGAGACUCUAGUGCCUUUGAGAGGACCAGGUCUAGAGGAAGCAUCAUGCUAUCUCCGGAACUCUUUGAGAAGCUUUACUUGAAUCCGAAACCUCAAGUUGCUGGAAACCUUCGGAGUAUCAUUGGCAAUCCAACCCCUAUAGCCAUCACAGGAUUCGUCAUGGCCUUGACUCCUCUCUCUUUUUCCCUCAUGGGCUGGAGAGGAGCUGGCAACAAUGGAAUUGCUCAUAUUGGAGCAUACAUCUUCUUCGGAGGCAUUCUCUUGCUUGUUGGUGGAUUGCUAGAGUGUAUAAUCGGUAACACCUUCUCAUCCGUGGUGUUCAUGUCCUUUGCAUGCUUCUACCUCACCCUCGCCACGACCCUACAGCCCUUCUAUAAUGCCUACGCAGCCUAUUCACCAAACCCUGAUGAUCCCACUGCAGGACUCACAUCGGAGGGUUUCAAUGCCAGCUUUGGGCGGAGGAGCUGUGCUAUUCGCAGCAUGCCUCGGUGGAUGGUAUUUACUCUUUUCUUUGUUGCUUGA